UCGUAUAUUCAUUCGUGUCGCUGCUGUCGGGUUUGCUUUCUCAAACUAAUAUGGAGAACUUUAUCGUCGACCCGAAGGCAAUCGGGGCAGGUGCGUACGGACAUGUAUACAGAGUCCACUCUAAGGCGAACCGAGAGGAACUUUUCGCCGUGAAGGUGUUUAGGUCGAAUGUACGAGAAGAGUCGUCGUACGGUAUUUUGGAGUCUACCAUACGAGAGCUGUCGUGUUUGUUCGCGCUUCGAGGACAUCCGUACAUCGUGCAGAUGCACAAAGUGUUGUUUUACAAAGAAAAGUUGGCGGUGUUGAUGGACUAUUACCCGUACACGCUGUUUGGUGUUAUUACACAGCGGUUCAACGUGCCGAUGUCGAUCAUUGCGCGAAUCUCGCUUCAGAUAGCCGAAGCUCUCGCGUACAUGCACGACUUGAACUUGAUUCAUCGAGACCUGACACCCAACAACGUGAUGUUAACCGAAGACCUGACCGUGAAAGUCGGCGACAUGGGUCUUUCGCGCCACGUAACAGACUGGAUGUCGGGCGAAACCGUUACAAUGACCUACAGAGCACCGGAGCUCUUUACGUGCGACGACGAUAUGAAAUCGUAUACAAAUGCGAUAGACAUGUGGAGCUUGGGUGUGCUGAUCGCGGAGUUGGUGGAGCACAGUGUUUGGUUGUUUAAAAACAAAAACGUAGGUCGGAUCAUGUACACCACAGUCGGUGAUAUAAUUGUACGCGAUCAUUUAAACGACGGUUACGAAAUAGCAAACGGACCGGAGUGGCACCGCGUGCACGAAAACGUUUUUCUGGCACACCGCUUCAAUGUAUCGCUCAUGGUGCGAAAGUUCCGCUUGGACUCGUUCGACGUCGUAAGAAUCUCGGUGUCCGCCGAAGAUCAACACGGUGAAGAUACGACGCAAAUAACCGAUGCAAAGAAAAGCGAGAUGGUAAAGAUGUUUGCCGAGGGUUUCGUGACCGCCAUUAGAAAACCAAAGUUUAGUCCGGGUUGCGAUUGCGAGGCUUCUCUGCUGGAUUACGCGAACCCACGUGGGCUGUGUUCACCGGCGUGCGUCUCCGUUGCACAACCGCGCAAGAUACCCGGUGUGCCGGGCGUCGGCGACGAGUGGACGUUGGAUGUGGCGUAUGAGCAACAACGCGUCGUGGCGAACCCGGGCAGGUCGCUGUACGGGUCCGUGACGCCGACGAUCAGAAGGUUCUGUUCGGUGACCGCCGACGUAUUCUAUAUACCGGGUGGACCAAACAGACACGCAAACGGCGCUCCCGUUGACCUCAAACAAUGCGACGCGGUUUUUAUCGAGAUGACUUUAACGUUUGAGUAUCGACCGCGGACGUCGUUAGAUGUGUGCUACGACUUACGAGAAACGCCCACAUCGGGGGAUGAGGCGUAUUGUUUCGCGGCGCCGCGAAACCUGCGAGAUACGCUGGAAUGCAUUGAACAGCAGGAUUGGGGGACGCCGGGUAUGAGGGUCGAGUUCGCGGACGUUUCGACCGUUUCGAGGAUCGAUCAGGUGUCUUUGCUGUUGGAAUGGCUGAAGCGCAACAACGCGACCGUGCCUAAAUUCAUUAUAAUUGAGACCGGCGCGCUAUCGCCACAAGAACUGUCAGUUUUCGCUAACCUGAGCGAAAUACACGGACGGGACGUGGACUUUAUACCCAAUAUUAAAAUGUCCGCGGCGCAAGAGUUGCUAAACGCGCGAGAUUAUCAGAGCGACAAAGACGGUCGACCGUUAUCUAAAGCCCAGAAUGUCGCCGAAGAAGCGUUGACCGGCUUGGGUGAAUUGAUUUCGAGGUUUGGCGCGCGUUUAGACGUCGACAACGUGUUGUUGUCGCAGCGGUCGCGCUGCGACAAGUUGAACCUUGACGCGUGGCGAGCGGGUACGUACGUCCCCGACCAUCCGUACACACUCGACAUAACGGGUAUCGGCCUAAAGCCGUCCGGUUUGGUGGUUUUCGACGAGUUGCGUCGGUUGUCGGACAACCCCAACGGUAUUAUAGUUUCGAUACCUUCGUCCGGCUACGCCGUGUACGCGCUUUGUAAGUCACAUCCGCAACGGGUUAACCGUUACACAAAAACGAAUGCGGUUGCGUUCGAUACGACGGAGCUCGCCGAUUUUAUACAAGAUAUGGUUAAAUGGGGCGUGAGGAGUUUCGACCUAGGAUGUUUUGAAUACACGUUUGGAAAACCGGGAUCGAGCUGGGGUGUUUUACGAACGCUGGCAAGCGUCGUCGCCGCGGCGGGAGAGGGAAACGGCACGCUUCAUUAUAGAUACACAAGGAGAUCUCGGGUAGACUACGGUUUGGGUUCGAGGGCGCGCGUUGAUGGUUUGUACAAACUAGAAGCGGGUAUAUUCUUCCAAUCGGUCUCUCGCGAUACGCCCAACGUGAGGAGCUUCGCGUCCGUACCGGGAGCGCCCGACCUUCGAGUGGGUCUCUCCUCCGACGUGAACGUUGGCGCUCCGCUUAACCACGUGCUUCAAAGAACCGAGAACUUGGCGAGCGUGAAGAUUGUUCACAAUAUCCCAAGCGGAAUCCGGAGCGUAUAUUUGCAAGAUCGCGGAUUCACUCUGUUUGUUGAACCGGGUAUCGACGGAGGACAAAUAUGCGUACUGUACGCGGGAAACGCGUCAACGACGCGUGACGAUAAAUCGUUGCGUUUUGAAACGCACGAAAACGACGACGCCAUGAUACGAAGCGACGGCAAGGAUUGUGUGGCGAUCGCGUACAAAAACGUUCACCAAGCCGUUGUUACCGUACGGAGCGAGGACUUUCUCACCCAACAGAUCCUGGCGCACGUCGCGGAUGCGUUUAACCUGACGCGCGUGGAUGCUGACCUGCCGUCGUCUAACAACACGUUCUCUGUGCGAGACUCAAUCGGUCCGGCGGUGCACUCUGCGAUUUUGGGUUGCCUCAAGGGCUACGGAGAUUGUACGGAGCUGAGCGACUAUUCCGAAAACGGUUGGCCGAUGGGAGGUCGAGGACGGUUGCUCGACGCCGACUUCCUCAAUUACACGAACGACGUAUCGCUUCGAUUGCUCGUGGCGGUGGAGCACACGAGCGCGACCGCGAGG